AUAGUCUUACCAUCCACUAGCAGGCUUCGGGGAAUCUGGCACCACUUCGACCCUCGGUUUCCUAGGAGAUGGAGCAUUACACUUCGCUGAAACUAGCCUCGGCUCCCACCUUCCAGUCCUUCCUGUCAGCAUACCCGUCCACCUUAAAGCCCACCUUCCAGCGGCCAUUCCAUCCCUCCCACCGUGAUCGCUCUCACCAUCCCUCUCGCUUCCCGCUCCGCUUUUCUCACAAAGCUAAGCGGCGAGUCGCGGUCAAGCUCUCGAAUGCUGUAGCGCAUGCCAGCUCAUGUCAAGCUGCGACUUUGGUUGUAGCAGCUACAGGAAGCAAUACAGCUCCUGCAGCCACACCGCAAGCCGCUGCUGCUGCUAGAGGGACCAAUGGGAAUCCCCAUAGCAGCGCUAUUAGGGCUGGCAGCAGCGUUAGGAACGCCAGCAGCGUCAGCAGCGUUUCUAGGGAUGCAGGCAGCCAAUGGAAAGAUGAGAUUCUCGAAACUGCUCUGAGAUUGCUCCGGAAGAAGCAGGUCAACCAGUGCGUUGACUUUGUCGUGCGGGAAUGUGAGCGCGUGGCCGCUGACGGCGCCACGUCAGAAGUCACCGAGCCAGCCACGUCAUCCCGUGUCGAAUCAACCACAGCUCCCCGCGCAGCUGCUCUGGGCAUCCUGUCGCAGUGCGUCAGACGGCUGCUACAAACGAGUCAGCUAAUAACGGCGAAUUCGCUGCUGCUUUCUCUGGCGCAAGGACAGGCGGGAGACGGACCUAGUGCGCGUUCAGAUGGAGAAAGCAGGAGGUUCGGUGCAGUGGGGUUCAUGGGGCGAAAGGUGCGGUGGGAGGAGGUGGUGGGGAGCGUGGCAGCACGGAGAGACGUGAGAUCAGCGGUGCUGUACGCGCUGAGACGAAAGCGAGUGGAAGAGGCAGUUGACGUGCUCUGCUCGCUAGCAGUCCUGGGACUAUCCCCCAGGAAGCUAGCAGUGAGCGAUCAGGUGUACCAAGCAUGCAUCGCUUCCUCCAACCUGCCCCUCGCGAUGCGGUACGUCCAGGACUUGCCCUCGGCAUGCAUAGUGGACUACAACAGAGUGAUCAAGGAGUGUGCCCGGCAGAAUAAGCUUCAGCCAGCCAUGGAUCUCUUUCAGGCGGUGAGGGAGAGGAGUGGAGCAGGGCUUAGGGGCAGCAGCGCUGGUACCGGCACCAGUAGCAGCAGCAGGGAGCCAGCUGGAAGCCUGCUGCCACCUGGCAAUUCACCUGAGCUUCCAUCUGGCGUUUUGCCUGGCAUACAACCUGGAGUUGCACCUGACAUGUUCACGUAUCGCUCGAUGAUGGACGCGUGUGCGGCGUGCAAUGCCGGCACAGCUGCUACUGAAAUCAUACAGACCAUAGUGGAGGAGGACGGGGUAGUACCCAACACCUACGUGGUCAACAGCGCGCUCAAUGCAUGCAUCAGUGACUGGGAUGCUACCUGGUCGCUCUGGUUCCGCAUGGAGCGCCUGGGAGUGACCCCCGACCCCACCACCUUCAACACGCUGCUCAAGGCCUGUGCCGCCCACAGCCGCCCAGACGCCGCCCAGCUGCUGUACCAACAGCUGAGGGCGCUGGAGGAGAGAGAAGGGGCAGGAGGAGGGGGAGGGAGAGGGGGAGAAGAAGCCGAGCAGCUAGAGGAGAGGAUUGAAGGGGAGGAAGGGAGGGGUGGUUCCAAGCUCAUCAGCAGCAGGCACAGCAACAGCAGGCACAGCAACAGCAGUUCUAAUCACAGUUCCAAGUACUUGGACGUGUACACCUACAGCACCGUCAUCCAGAUCCUAGCCCAGGCCGGCCGCUUCCAAGCCGCCUUCGCCGUCAAAUCCGACAUGGACCAAUCCGGCGUGCCCGCGAACGUGGUGACGUGGACGUCUCUGAUUGGCGCGUGUGCGCGGGCGGGGUUCGUCGACCAUGCGUUCAGGGUGUUUGAGGAGAUGAUAGGGUCGGGGUGUGAGGCGACGACUGCGGCGUAUAAUCUGCUGAUUGACAUGUGCGCCGAAGCUGGCCUGGAGGAUCGGGCGGUGGGGCUGCUUCGGGAGAUGCAGGCUGGGGGGAGGAGGGAGGGGAAGGGAGUGGGGGAGGAAAGGGGGAGUGAGGAUGGGGUGGAGCAAGAGGCUUUACCUACUGCAUCUUCUCCCUCCUCCUCCUCCUCCUCCUCCUCCUCCUCCUCCUCCUCCUCCUCCCCCCCCCCUUCUCCCCCAUCCAUCUGUGCCCCUGAUAUAAUCACGUUCAACACUGUCAUCAAGGCGUGCAGCGGCAGUCCCCAGCGCGCUCGGGCCUUCAUGGGGGAGAUGCAGGCGGCGGGGAUAAAGCCCAACGAGAGGACGUGGGUGGCGCUGCUGGACUGCUACGGGACAAACGCCGACACCGCUGCUGCCAUUCAGGCCUUUCACGACAUGCAAGCAGGAGGGUUUGAGGCGGAUGUGGUGGCGUAUACCGCUGUCAUCAAGGCGUGCAUUCGAGGAGGGGACUGGGACCGUGCGUUCGGCUUCUAUGACCGAAUGAAGGCUGAAGGCGUCAGACCCAACCUGGUAACGUUCAACACCCUGCUCCGCCUGCCCCUGCAAUCAUCAGACUCGCCUCCUCUCUCAUCCCCUGCCGCCUCUCCCUCCUCCUCCUCUCCCUCCUCUCCAUACUCGUCCUCCUCUACCUCAUCUUCCUCCUCUUCAGCCUCCCCUGCAUCCUCCUCCCCUUCCUCCAUCCGAGUCCCCCGCCUGGCUGCCAUUGGAGCAUCGGCAGCAGCCAAUCAGAGGCGCAUCCAGCGGUCGCUGGUGGUGUAUGAGGAGAUGCGGCAGGCGGGCUACUCCCCCAACGACUAUGUGCUCAAGUGCCUGCUGGGGGAGAUGGCUGAAGGCGCGCUGGAGCCUCCUCUCUCUGCCUCCCUCCCCUCCUCCUCCUCAGCCUCGUCUGCCCCCUCUUCCUCUCACCUGACAAGCCCUGCAAGGGAUGGUGGGGGCAGUGCUGAGAAAACUGCAGUUUAUGCAGCAGCUGGUGCAGAUGAGAAAGAUGACUUUGGGAGUGGAUCGGAUGGAGGGGACGGAGGGGAGGGAGAGGUUGGAGAGGAGGGAAGAACGGUCGACGGCUUGACCAAGCUUGAUCUCCAUGGCCUCUCACGGGCAGAGGCUCGCACAGCAGUGCUCUCUGUGCUUCGGCUCCUGAAAGAGAGAUUCCAGCGCUCAGGGGGUGCCCACAUUCAAGAUGAUCUUGUUAUAAUCACAGGAAGUGGUCGCCGCAGCUCAACUCCAGGCCAUUCCGUGGUGCGAGAGGCGGUAACACAUAUGUUACAAAACGAGCUCGGACUUCCUGUGGUAUCUCCGUCUAUGCUGAAGCACGCUUACUAUUCUUCCAGCCAACCCAGCUCGUCUGAUGAUGAAAGGGAGGGAAAGGAUGCGGUGGUGCAGGUGGUGCAAAAGAGGAACCCCGGGCGAUUGAUUGUUCCCAAGGCGGCCCUGAACGAAUGGCUCCAAAAGAAGCGUGCCUAGCAUAACAUUGGAUUGGAGAUACUGAGAUGCAUGUAGCAGGCUCAUGAUAAACCCAAAUGUAUUAUAUGGUCCCAAGAAAGCUGCAAAAACAUAGAAUGUAGAGUUGUAUUCUCUUUUUGGCUGUGUGUGUCAAACAUGUGUAUCUCCUAUGUUUGCAUAGACUGUAUAGGGCCACCU